GCGACAUUUUAAGAUGUUUAUGCCUGUGGCAUGGCGAGGGGUUGUAUUAGCCUAAGUUCUGUGACUCAUAGUUGUCCAGAUUUGUACAUUACUGUAAAGUUAGUUGUCUGUUCGAUGACGAGAUGACUUCAGCUAUUAUCUCAGCCAUAAAUCUUCUUACGAAACCUCUUGGCGAGACAUAUGUGCAUGCUGCUCAGUCCUCACACCAAAAUGCGCUCCUGGUAGUGCUGCAGGCCAACAGAGCCCUUCUCCUGGAGCAGCUUCAAACUGACAGCAGCUUUGAAGAGGUGAGGGGACUGAAGAACGAGGUGACUGUGACAGCCAACUGGUUCUCCAGUGAAACAGAAGACAUCACAUGGAGCUUUGUCCAGGAGUGUCUCAUACUGCUCCUCACCUUAGCACGACAUCUUUCUUUUGAACUUGAACGUUUCAGGCAGACCCCUGCUCGCUCUGCAGCUAAACUGCAUACUCCUGAGGUGGCUCCACCUUUACCUCCUGAUAUUCUCAGUGUCAGCCAGCAGAAGACGCUUGGAGCUGCCCUUCAGUUUGUGGUUUCUCUGGGGCUUUGCCCCUACUUGGCCCCAGGAGUGGGUGUGCCUCUGGGUCGCAGGUCAGCAUUCGGAGCCAUGGUAGAAAAACUUGUCCAUGGUGGGGCGGUGCCAGCAGCAGCAGCACGCCGUCUUUUUACCACCACAACUGUCCUAUUGCAGUUUGCAGAGCUGGCAUCUCUUGCCACAUUGGUGUUCACACGGCAUCUGGGGGAUGUAAUGGCAGCACUGUGCCAGCUCGGCUACCAGCCACAGGGAGAAGGGAGAAGUGGCACAGAGGAGCUCAGUGCUGAGGAACGCCAGUCUUGUAGGGAGGCCAUUAAAAGCCUUUUAGGAAAAGUCUACCAGCCAGUCGUUAUCAAGGAGCUGCUGAUCCUCCAAGGUGGACCCAAACAGUCUGGUACAGUGGUAGGCUCCAGUGGUUCCAGCAGCAGAUCGGCUCCAGCGUGGCUGAGGUGUCUGUGUGGUCAGCUGCUGUCGGAGCGCCUGAUGCAGUCUAACGGAGUCCAAGCUGUAGUCCGAGCCAUCCUGGAGGGAGGAACAGGGGCCGAGUCAGACUGGAGGAAGUGUGAUGGUGUGGCCAGGAUCCUGGUGGCCUGUCCUCAACAGUCUGCCUCAGCAGACAGCUACUACAGACAAGUCUGUCCUCAGAUCCUUGGCCUUCUGCACUUCAAAGACAAGCUGACAGCCCAACAGUUUCAGCGUGUGGCCACCAGGGCGGUGCUCUCUAUGGUGCAGGAGAAGCCCAGCUUUGCCCAGCAGUACCUGCUUACUCCUCUUCUCACACCUCUCCACCGCUGUACUACAGCCUCCAAUGAGAGUCAUUCCCAAGCUGCUGUGAAGGAGUGGGAGCUGACCCACUGUGUGGAGGAUGUGUACAAGAUCUGGGUGGUUGGAAACAGCCCAUCAGCGUUUUUGCUCAAAGCUCUAGAAGAAGUUCUUGCUGUUAUCUUCACACUCUUCUGUUUCACCAAGCAGAACGUCUCCCACCUACGCGCCCCGUGCCAAGAGAUUUUGCUGUGGUACCUGAGCCAUGCUGAGACGUCCGCAGCCCUGUCAACACUGAGGCAGCUCUGUGGUCUGCAGGGACAGAAGAACGACAUGGCAGCAGGCUUCCACUUCACCCCUGGCAGUGAUGGAGGAGCCAAGUGCAGCUUCAGAGAGAGCUGCAGUUCAGUGUCUCCCUCACUACUCUGUUCUUGUUUCAUAGAGCUGUGGGGGGACCAGUGGAGGCUGGAGUGUCUGGUGCAGCUGCUGGCUCAACUCAAAGACAGCAUCCUACCUGGAGACUUCUUCCUGUCCCUGCUGCAGGAGCUGACCAGCUGGACAGCUACAGCAGGUGAAGAGGAGAAAGCUGAACAGGAGCUGAAUGUGUCAGCCAUGACACUGCUGGAGGUGGAGCAGCAGCUGCUGGGUCGAGCUGUGAGGCAAGGCCAGAGACUGGUUUUGCUUCAGGUGCUGGCUGUGAUGCUGGAGUCUCUGCAGCAUACUGUGCUGCUGGGAAAAACCACACAGGUGGUAGACUUCAUGGUGUGCCUACUUCAGAGGGCCUGUGUGGGUCUGGAUCAGGCCACUGAGCCAAGUUUUGGGAACCCAAUAGAGAGCCAGACGCUAAGCAUGGGGAUGGGUUUGGUGGCCACUCUGCUGUCUGGACCUCAGCAUAGUGCAGAGGACUACUCUUCUAUGUCAAGGCUGCUCCCGCCACUGGAGACGCUGUCUCAGAAGCAUUCUGAGGUGGUCGUCAAGGAGCUGGCAUCCAACCUCAGAACUGUCAUUCUCACACAUGGUGCCUACUGGCCUGAAAACCUCACUGCUGCUGCUCAGACCUCCAGAAAUCCUGAAACAUCAAUGCAAACUGAAGCAAACGACUUACAGACUAGUACUUCAUCUCCCCCUGGCAGUUGUUCCCUUAGCAACACCCAUAUCAGACAACCAGCAUCCUCUGGAGGGUCUGCAGCAGGAGGAACUCUGCAAGAAGGAGGGAAGACCUCUGGCACUGGUGUCCCUUGCACCCCUGCCAAGCCCUUUUCUGGUUGGCUGCUAGAGGCGUGCGACCCAGACAUACCAACCAGAGCCUUUGCCCUGAGGGUCCUGACCCAGAUGGUGCAAACUAGAACCCCAGAAGCUUUCCAGGCCCAGGAGAAAGUCCUUAUGCUCUUCUUAGAAAACCUGGAGCAUGAAGACUCAUUCGUCUACCUCUCUGCCAUUCAAGGUCUAGCUGUGCUGGCUGAUUCCUACCCUGAGAGGAUCCUAGCCAGACUCCUACAAAACUUCCGGCAUGACCCCUCCCUCUCUACAUCCAACAAGGAGCGCUCCCUGGAAACCUGCCUCAAAGUGGGAGAAGUCUUGAUGAGGGCAAGCAGGGCGAUGGGGGAGCUGGCACCCCAUCUCGGCCGUCCUCUGAUAGGUGUCUUUCUGCAAGGAACCAGGGACCCUGACCACAGCGUCCGGGUCAGCAGUCUGUCUAAUCUAGGGGAGCUCUGUCAGAGAAUGGACUAUGCCCUGGGCCCCCUGGCUCAGGAGCUGAGCUCCUGUGUGACUGCUCUGAUUAAAACAGAAAAGGAGGCGGAGGUGAGGAGAGCUGCUGUCCAUGUUAUUGCACUGCUGCUUCGAGGCCUCAGCGACAAAACCACCCAGGUUCUCGGUGAUGUUCUGAUGGAUCUGUACCGAGCUCUAAAGUGGGCGGCCUGCUCAGACCCAGAUGACGUGGUGGUGCUGCAUGCCCGGCUGGCUCUGGAGGAGCUUGAUGAUGUCAUGAGGAGGUUCAUCUUUCCUGAGCAGAAGCUGGAGAAGAAGAUCAUUGUCCUGCCAUAGCACUCACAUUUUAUUUUUCCAUAACUCCUCCAUAAUUUGAAUGUACAGAUGACUGUAUUUUUAUGUGCUCUGCUGCUGUCUAGUACUAGUUCUGCCUCCAUGAGACGUGGAUUUUGUGAUCAGAACUGCAGAACAACGGCAUGAGCCUGCAUCAUAGAUGUCCUUCCUUGAACAGUGACCCUAAACUUGUUGUAGUGCCAGCAGCCUGCUUCCAAAAUAAAGUUUUUAACACAUUG